CUAUCUAAAUCCGUAUAUCUGAACAGCAGCAGAAAACAAAUACCCCAUCUUUAAACGCUGAAUGGUGCUGUCUCUUUCAAGUCUUGCAAAAGCAAAAGAGACGAAGAAGAACAAAAGAGAAGUAAAUUUGAAUAAAAAAAAGAGGAUGGGGCAUAAAAAAAAAAAAAAAUUAAAUUAAAAAAUGUAUGGUAUUUUUGAUAGAUGGGGGUGAUUUUGAUCUUGGGUUUGUUUUGCUUUUUUGCCUUAACCUUCCCCACUAGAUGAUGAGAUAAUGAUGUGCCCAACCUCAAUAACAAAUGCACAGCACCAAACUGAGGAGAGAGAGUGAGAGGGGGGGUUAAAGAGGGAAAAAGGAGGCACCUUUAUUUUUAUUUUUAUUUUUAUUUUUUUAUCCCACUCUGAUUAUUGAUUCCAGUUGGGUAUGCAGAGAAACCAACUGGGUUUCAUCCAAAUUUUCUUCAUAAUGAGUUUUGCUUUUGUUUUUUCACAUAAAGUUUCAAACUUGAUGCUUCUUUCUUCUGUACAGAGCUGGGGGAGAUGGAAAUAACCAGUUACGGGAAAAACCAUUUUUUUGCUUAUCCCAUUAAUGAUUCCAUUGCAGUUAGGCGAAAUAACAACUGGGUUCGGUUCAGCUUCUCUUUUGGCAUGAUUCUUCUCUCCUUUGUAUUCUUCAAAAGUGGUGUGGUUUUGAUGGGGUUUAAAAGCUUGGCAGAGUGAGGGGGAAAGAAACUAAGUAUUAAACCGUAAAGUAGAGGACAGAGAGGAGAUCAAAGAGGUUGGACCACUAUAUAUUCUUGAUAUGGUAAGUAAUUCAAGCUGGGUCUGGUGAAAAAAUCAGCUGGGUUUCUUGCAUUUUCACUUUUUAGUUGAAUUUUCCUGGUGGGUUCUUUUGACGCUCGGAUUUUAAUGACUUUUGGGUGCUGGAUUUGGUGAUGAAUCAACUGCGUUUCCUGCAAUCUACUUGAAUCUUCUUACUGGGGCUCUCUUAAAGCCUUGGUUUUGAUGAGUUUUUCGGCUGUGUCUGGGGUUUUUCUUAAGCUCUCAAGACUCAUUUUGAAGAUAUGCAGGUGGGUUUUGCUUAAGAUGUCCUUGAAUUGCAAGCUUUCUGGCUUUAGUGGCAGAUUGCCGGCCAAUUUGAAGCUGAAGAAGUCAAAGGAGCCUUUGCAUGGGUCUAAUUGUGUCAGGAAAUGGAGGAGAAAGUUUCUGUUAUUGUGGCUUUUAGGAGUUAUUAUUGGCCUCAUUUGUUUUCUCUCAGUUUUGAAUGCUGGGGCUUUGAGUAGGAAGGAGAAGACUCCAGACUUGUGUGAAGAAAAAGCUCGAAUCUUGCUAGAGCAUUUCAAUGUCAGCAAGAACCAGCUUCAUUCUUUGGCUUCUUUAUUCGCUGAAUCAGAUCAGAUAGCUUCCUUGGAAUGUACCAAAGAAGCAGGAUUUGAAAUGCCACCAGGCAAUGCUAUUGCCUGUGCACUUAAGGUACCAUGUUCACAGAAUCAAGAGUUUGAGAAGCAGCAUGAUCUGGCUGCAGAAAGUUUAGAACCUAAUGACCAAUGCCCAGUUCGAGAUGAGAACAUCCCUGGAAAGCUUGACCUAUCUUCGCUAGGGGACCAAUCUGCAUCAUUUAGUUCGCAGUCUACGUCUUCAUCAGUUUCGCUUGAUGGUCAGAGUGGUGAAAAGAUUAGGGCUCUGGCGAACUGUACAAAAGAGCACUGUGAGAAUUUUUCUCUCUGUUUGGUAAAAGUAGGUUGGUGGGUCCUUGUUGGAAUGGUUGUGAGCUGCAAGUUGUCUGGUUCUCAUGUGAAACUGUGGGGGAAUCGGAAGCAGAAACUGGUUGAGCAGCAGAAACUGGUUGAGCAGCAGUCACAGGUUCAGCAGCAGCGGCAGUUGCGGCCGAAGCAGCAACAGCCGGCCCAGAGUUCAUCUAAAGUUGCUGGGAAGUGGAGGAAGAAGCUCCUAAUAAUAUUUGUCUUACUUGGGGUGAUUAUAUCUAUUUGGUUAUUUUGGCACUUGAAUAAGGAUAUUAACCUGAGAAGAAGGGAAACACUUACCAAUAUGUGCGAUGAACGAGCCCGGAUGUUGCAGGAUCAGUUCAAUGUGAGCAUGAAUCAUGUGCAUGCAUUGGCUAUUCUUGUUUCAACCUUUCACCAUGGAAAACACCCUUCUGCUAUUGAUCAGAAAACAUUUGGAGAAUAUACCGAGAGAACGGCUUUUGAGAGGCCACUUACUAGUGGUGUUGCUUAUGCUUUGAAAGUUCUUCACUCAGAAAGAGAACAAUUUGAAAAGGAACAUGGAUGGACAAUAAAGAAAAUGGAAACUGAGGACCAGACUCUAGUCCAAGAUUGUAUUCUGGAAAAUUUAGAUCCAUCACCCAUUCAAGAUGAAUAUGCACCCGUCAUAUUUUCUCAAGAAACAGUUUCUCAUAUAGUAUCUAUUGACAUGAUGUCUGGAAAGGAAGACCGUGAGAACAUCUUGCGAGCUAGGGCAUCUGGAAAGGGAGUAUUGACAUCUCCUUUUAAGCUACUGAAAUCCAAUCACUUGGGUGUUGUACUCACAUUUGCUGUCUAUAACGCUGACCUACCUCCAGAUGCUACACCAGAGCAACGUAUUGAAGCUACUGUAGGGUAUCUAGGUGCGUCUUAUGAUGUCCCAUCACUAGUGAAGAAGCUUCUACACCAACUUGCCAGCAAGCAGACGAUAGUUGUGAAUGUUUAUGAUACAACUAAUGCAUCUGCACCCAUCAAUAUGUAUGGUACUAAUGUUACAGAUACGGGCCUAUUGCGCAUUAGCAACCUUGAUUUUGGGGAUCCAGCUCGGAAGCAUGAGAUGCACUGCAGGUUCAAGCAGAAGCCUCCUCCACCUUGGACAGCAAUAACGGCAUCAGUUGGGGUCUUAGUUAUUACUUUGCUUGUGGGCCAUAUUUUUCAUGCUGCCAUAAACCGAAUCGCAAAAGUGGAGGGUGAUUAUCGUCAGAUGAUGGAACUCAAAGUUCGUGCUGAAGCUGCAGAUGUGGCAAAAUCUCAGUUUCUUGCAACUGUUUCCCACGAAAUCAGGACUCCGAUGAAUGGUGUUUUAGGUAUGCUGAAAAUGCUGAUGGACUCGGGUCUUGAUGCAAACCAACAGGAUUAUGCUGAGACUGCUCAUGCUAGUGGGAAAGAUCUAAUAUCACUGAUAAAUGAGGUUCUUGAUCAGGCUAAGAUAGAAUCAGGAAGGCUCGAGCUUGAAGCUGUUCCUUUUGAUUUGCGUGCUGCUCUUGAUAAUGUUUUAUCACUCUUCUCAGGCAAAUCUCAUGAAAAGGGGAUCGAGUUGGCUGUCUACAUCUCUGAUCAAGUGCCGGAAUUUGUCAUUGGAGACCCCGGGCGCUUCAGGCAGAUAAUUACCAAUCUUGUUGGAAAUUCAAUAAAGUUCACACAUGACAAAGGGCAUAUCUUUGUCUCGGUGCAUCUGGAAGAUGAAGUGGUGGGGCCACCUGGUCUCAGGGACGAAGUGCUGAGACAGAGCUUGAAGAUAGUCCAUGACAGCUCAAACAAUUCCUAUAAUACAUUGAGUGGGUUUCCUGUGGUCAACAGAUGGAAAAGCUGGGAGAAGUUUAAAAAGUUAAGCUGCACAGAUUCAAUGGAGGAAACCAGCAUAAUUAAAUUAUUAGUGACUGUCGAGGAUACGGGUGUGGGAAUACCUUCAGAAGCUCAAAGUCGAAUUUUCAUGCCUUUUAUGCAGGCUGACAGUUCCACUUCUCGAACGUAUGGUGGGACUGGAAUAGGAUUAAGCAUUAGCAAGCGUUUGGUGGAUCUUAUGGGUGGGGAAAUUGGGUUUGAGAGUGAACCCGGCACUGGAAGUACCUUCUCAUUUACUGUGGCUUUCACAAAAGGAGAAACUAGUUUACUAGAUACAAAGCAGCAACCUCAUGAUCCAGCUGGUUCUGAGUUCCAAGGAUUGAGAGCCUUGGUGGUUGAUUGUAGAAGCAUCCGAGCUGAGGUUACAAGAUAUCAUCUUCAGAGAUUGGGCAUAUCAGUCGAUAAAACUUUCAGCCUAAUAUCUGCAUGCUCUUAUCUGUCCAAUAAUUCCGAUCCAAGUGCAUCAACUAGUGUAGCUAUGGUUCUGGUUGACAAAGAGGUUUGGGAUAAGGAGGCUGGUCUUGUUUUCCAUCAUAUGCUCAAAGAGCUCAGGCCAAAUGGCACUGUGGAAGUCCAAGAAAAACGUCCAAAAAUAUUCCUUUUGGACACCUCUCUGAGCUCUGCUGAGCGUAAUGAGCUCAAAUCAGCUGGUUUUGUGGAUAAUGUACUAAUGAAGCCUCUUCGGUUAAGCGUAUUGAUUUCUUGCUUCCAGGAAGUCUUUGGAAUUGGCAAGAGAAAGCAAGCGAAUAGAGGAAAACCAUUAACUCUUGGGAAUCUGUUAAGAGAAAAGCGAAUCUUGGUGGUGGAUGACAAUGCUGUUAACCGAAGGGUGGCAGAAUUUGCUCUCAAGAAGUAUGGAGCAAUUGUCACCUGCGUGGACAGUGGCAAGGCUGCUCUUUUGAUGCUUAAGCCACCCCAUAACUUUGAUGCUUGCUUCAUGGAUCUCCAAAUGCCAGAGAUGGAUGGGUUUAAAGCAACACAGGAAAUCCGCCGAAUGGAGAGCAAGGUUAAUGAGAGAAUUAAAUCCGGAGAAGUAUCAAUAGAGAUGUUUGCAAAUGUGGCUUAUUGGCACACACCAAUUUUAGCAAUGACUGCUGAUGUUAUUCAGGCAAAUAAUGAAGAGUGCAUGAAGUGUGGAAUGGAUGGUUAUGUGGCAAAGCCAUUCGAAGAAGAUCAGCUUUAUUCAGCGGUGGCACAUUUCUUUGAGUCUGGUUAAUGGAGUGGGACUGACAUGUUUGUGGGUUGUUCAGUAGUGGUCCAGCCAGUUGGUUGAUCUGACUUUGUUUUCAGACUUGACUCCCCAAGCUAGAUGGCUCUCCAACAAGCGACAAGCCUGGCUGCUGUGAGAUGGUGUGAUUUGCAGGUUCAACCACUGUUUCUGCCUUUCCUAAUAUGGGAUGCUGGAUCGAAGUGGCAUGGAUACAAGGAGGGAGAGCAUUAACUGCUUGUGGCCAGUUUGUUCCCAGCCAUUCCUUAUCUUAUGAUCACCUGCUGUGGAUAAUAAGAGAAAAGGGGGCUAUUUUUCUUGUAUAUAACCCCUUUCCUUUGAUGCCCUAUUAUUUAUUUUUGUGAUAUUUUGUGCAUUCUUCCUUAAUCAGGUUUGAGCCUGAAGUGAUAUAGUGGUGAGACACCCAUAUUUGAACUCUGAUGAGAUGAGUGAGUUCUCUUUCCGUCACCCGAGAGUUGCUGGAACUGGAAGAAUGCAUGCAGAAGAUCCAAAUUCUCAAGAGGGUGAAAGAUUGAAUCAUUCAUAUUAUCAUGAUUGUUUGGACAUUAUAUCACCAAAGUUCAAAUCUACCCGUUAUGAGGGAGAUUGGGCAAAGUACCAAAAAGAGGUGAUGACUAGAAGCAAUAGUGAAACACGAGGGAGGAUAUACAGAACAUAGAAGACCAUUUCCGGGUUGGCAAUAGGUCAUUAUACUAGUUUGCAUUCUUACAAGAUUUUCUAUUCAUUCUGGGUUGUUCUACUGAUGGUAGAGGGAUAUGAGGAAUUGAAUAUCAGUAUUGCUCAUAAUGUUGCAUUUUGUGAAUAAGGUGUUUUUUACCUGUUGAAACUGAGUGUCGUUUCACCCUGAACUGAAUUGUAACAAUUCUUUUUGGUAUAAUGUAUAAAUGAUAGUUUGCUCGA